GAACCUCCGACCGACCACUACCCAGCAGAGCAGAGCAGAGAGCAGUCAGCCCGUCGUGUCUCUAUCCGAGGCCGGAUGGUAAAAUCCAACCUCCAGCGGAUCCUAAACAGUCAUUGCUUUGCUCGCGAGAAAGAAGGAAAACAACAGUCUUAUACUACCAUGGCAGAUUUGAGUAGUGGUAUCUGUGACAUGAUUGGGAACUUGUCCCUGCACUGUAGUAGUACCCGUGGCCCGGGGCCUCUGUGGUGCUCCGAUGCCCCUCUCCCACCCCUGAAGAUCCCAGGUGGGCGAGGGAAUGGCACACGGGAUCACACUCCUUCAGCUCGGCAACUCUACUCAGACCGAAAGUUGACUGUAACGGAGGAGCCAGCGGGGAAUGGUCGCCCUGGGAUACUCCACUUCCUAAGUCGUCCUACCAUCACCAAGACGAUACAGUGGGAUGCUGUAUUGAGCAGCAGCGCACUUUACGUGGAGAUACCUCUUGACCCUCUUCCUGAAGGCAGUAAGGAGAGCUUUGCAGCUCUCUUGGAGUAUGCUGAAGAACAUCUGAAAGUCGUUAGCGUGUUUGUCUGCUUCUACAAGAACAGAGAUGAUCGUGCUAAACUGGUGCGUACAUUCAGUUUCCUGGGCUUUGAGAUUGUGAAACCGGGCCAUACCCUCGUCCCCCCUCGACCCGACGUUUUCUUCAUGGCCUACAAUUUUGACCGGGACUCCUCGGAUGAGGAAUAACCCUCUGGAUAGCCCCUCCAUUCCCAUGCUUACUCCCCUUCUCACCUCUCAUUCUUCGUUUGUUGAUCCCGUCCCAGCUUAAAUACUCACAUCCGUCUGUGUUAAACUUCUCCCUCUGUAUGCAAUUAUUUAUUUCCUCAUGCAUUCUGAAGGGAAUAUCUAAGUUGUGUAUCUCCAGUUUCCACCAUCUAUAUUUGUGUGUUGUUAUUCUGUUUUCAUGGAUUAAUUAAUGCUGUCACCUAUAAACGAGGGAAGAUUUAGUUCUUUAAAUUUCCUGUCAUUUUGCAGUUGUCAUAGCGAUAAGUUCAUGUCAUGCAUCAUUUCCAUCCUCAACUCUUUGUGUUUUUAUCGAUACUUCCUUUUAUGAUAGAUUAAGGUGGAGGAUUUUUCGUUUGUUGAAUGUACAACAAAAAGGUCAUCAGGUUUACACUCGGGUACUCCAGCUUUCUUUUAAUUGGCAAAAUAAUGAAAGUCGUCCCAUGUUUUCUUUCUGUCUGAAUUGAAUAACAAAUGCAAUUCAGUGGGACCAGUUUUAUUUUGUAGCACUAAUACCCUCUUUAAAGUAUUAGUAUUUUUAAAGGUUACUCUUGAGCAACAGCCCCAAUAAUUGGUACUUGAUAGCUGAAUAGUGAAUCCAUUUAGAGUAGAGGUGGAGUGAAAACGGAUGCUGUUGCACACGUCUGAUACAGACGCUUCAGUCUCAGUUAAAGAUCCAACAGUUAAUUGGUACAAAGCGAAAGGAAAGAUAAUAAUCCAAAGUGCUUUGCUUUUUUCCUGCCAUGUAUAUCGGACAAUAUUGUAGUAGUUUGAUUUGGAGGUUGAAAAAUGCUGUGAUGUUAUGAUUGGAUUUUUUUGUUUUAUUCUUUGGAUUAGCAUUCCUUUAACUUUUGAAGAUAGUAUUACGUUGUUUGUUCACCUGCAUAGUGGUACCUGUUGUGCUCUGUGAUAAUAAAACAAACAAAAAAAA